AUGUCGCCAAUUAUGGAAGAAAUUCUUUCCGAUUCUAACAGCAUUCUUACUUCAGACGAACCAUUGUCACCGACUUUACAGCCUCAGCAAAGGCUAAAAGCCAGGCCGACAACACAACUUUCGUUUGACGCUUAUAGCUCCUCUUCUUCUGGAUCGUCAAUAAGGAGCUUCAAUACAACUUCAAAUAAAGUUGACACUGGUGCAGAUUUUCUUUUGGGCCUAAUAAGCAAAUCUAAUUCAGCUACGUCUUCUGAGCGAUCUAAAAUUUCUCCUUUUCAUAAUGUCAAAAGCGGCAAGAGACCACUUAUCAAGCUGACAAAAGAAGCUUCUUCAGAGGAAGAAGAGAUAGAUCAGCAAGAUACUUGUAGAGACUCUGAUGUUCCAUUGGAUCAUAAUGGGGAUGAUUCUAUAAUUUCAAGAAAUGACAUUUCCGUAAUUUCAGAUGAUAAAGAAUAUUCAGGCUACCGGCGCAAAUAUGGGCAUGAAGCUGAUCCUUUAUUAAUAUAUAAAGACCCUCAGUCUAUAACGUGGUCGCGACAUCGGAAACACUUUUUCAUUUUAAGUAGCGCUGGAAAACCGAUCUACACUCGAUAUGGGGAAGAAACACGUAUUUCAAGUUAUAUGGGUGUAAUUCAGGCUAUCGUUUCAUUCUUUGCUGAUGCUGAUGACACAAUAAGGUCUCUUGGACCCUUAUAUCUUGUCGCUGUUUCACGGACAAACGAAUCUGAAAUGCAGCUUAGGGAUCAAUUGAAUUACCUAUAUAAUCAGAUUGUAAGCGUAUUGACCUCCACACAACUGACAAAGAUUUUUGAACAACGAGUUAAUUUUGAUCUACGUCGGCUUCUUGGAGGCACCGAACCAUUUUUGGAUAAUCUUGCAUCUACAAUGGGCGAUGACCCAGGCUUUAUGUUUAGUUCAAUCCAGUGCGUAAGAAUGAACAAAGACCUACGUGAUAAAGUAGGAAGUAUAAUGCAAUCAAUAAAACCUCAGGAUCUUUUGUAUGCUAUGUUGAUAACGAAUAAUAAGUUGAUAACAUUGCUUAGACCGAAAAAACAUAGCCUUCAUCCAGCAGAUCUUCACUUGGUAUUCAAUAUGGUUAACGGAUCUUCGACUUUUCGAUCAGUCGAAUCAUGGACACCCAUUUGUCUUCCAAAAUUUAACAAUAAAGGCUUUCUUCACGCAUAUGUAUGCUAUAUUACCUCCAACGUAUGCUUGUUGUUUAUAUCACCAGAUAAAGACAAGUUUUUCGAGUGUUCUGAAGCAAAAAACCUUCUCAAAGAGGAAUUGUCUGAUUGCAACGCCUUGCAAGAGAUUGAAGAGGCAUCACAAAAUGAAGGUUACUCUAUUGCUGACAUCGGAGUUCCAGGCUUACGUCAUUUUAUUUAUAAAUCGAGAACUCAUGUACAGUAUACUUCACCGACCCUCGUUGCUCCUUACAGUGAUCCUCGAAAAAGACAAAAACCUCUUAAGGUUCAUUAUUACGUUAGUCCAAACGAAACAAUAUUAGGAUGGUUAACUAGUAGUUUUGAACUUUACGCUGCAUUUGGUCCACUGAUAUCGAAGUCUGCAUUGACAUCCUCGUCUCAUACAUUGUUAAGGUGGAUAAAAAAAGAGGAAGAAAGCUUAUUCAUUGUUUCCUCACCAGUGUUUUAA